AUGCAGAUGUGUACCGUGGCCAUAAAGCAGCAACAAUGUACGUGUCAUGACAAGAAGUCAAGAAAAGCGCACGUUGGCAAAAUAACCCGUGGCGCGGUGCCAUAACCCCCCCCCGUCGUGACCAAAUAGCGCAAAUAGCGCAGCAGCAACUCGACUUGCGCCAGGACGACUCCGAGUGCGCUGGUCAUGUGCGGUCUUGAACGCGAGGGCAGGAAAUACGGCGCGUCUGCCUGCGCGCGAUGCGCAACAGGGAAGUGAGGCGAAGCCACUCUGUGCACAGUUAAAAGUCGCCCGUGGGCUCGGCGCUCAACGCUCAGCAGCCGUCGGUUCCAAAGCAGCUCUCGGCUUUUGGGGGACCGGGCCGGCGUUGAACCGAGUCAUGGAGUGAAGGGCGAUGUUCUGGCGGAUAUUCGGGCUGGCGGAGUACGUGAGAGACAGAAGAGGAGGAAGAGGCGACGGAGCGUUUGUCAAAUAUAUUUUGAACUGAAGCUAAGACAUGAAUGUGAGGCUUCCCAGUACAACGUCACAACAGCCCAGCGUGAUCAUGGCCCAGUGGACACGUAUGAGCCAGAUUAUCCCGGUUCUGUCCUAUGACACGAUCAACAGCCUCUACCCCGUGUCCACCUUCCCCAUCGAAGCCAGACAUUAUUUAUCCGAAUGGAUCGAGAGCCAGCGAUGGGACGACUUCACGCUGGAAAAGAUGGAGCAGGAGGGCCAGGCCGGGUUUCUGCUGGACCAGACCAUCAGCCUGCUGCAGCAUGUGGCUCUGCAGAGCGCCAACGUAGUGGACAGGAUGAAGCUGAUGCAGAUCAGCAGGAACAUGACGUCGCUGAAGCACAGCCCGCUGCGGUUUGCAGUGAUGAUCAGGGACAUCCUGCGGAAGGAGCGCGUCCUCAUGUCUUCGCCCACGCCUGCGUUCCAGGCCCCUCCCAAUCAGCUGCCCAUGGUGCAGGACCUGGAGGACCUGUCUGCCAAAGUGGCCAAGGUCCAGGAAAUCCGACAGCAGACUCACCAGGUGCAGGAGGAGCUGAACUGGCAGUACGACAAAGUGGAGAACCCGCACGAGCCCAAAACGGCAGAAAUGAAGAGCCAGAUCCAGAAGCUGGAGUUCAUCGUAGAAUCAGCAGCCAGAGAACGUGUCGCGCUGCUGAAGACGUGCGUGGACUGUCUGGACCGGUGUCAGAACCAGCUGAUCACGCGGCUGAAGGACUGGAGGCUGGAGCAGUACAAGGCCUCCAUCGGCUGCCCCUUCGACGACAACCUCAACACGCUGCAGUCCGGGUGUGAGCAGCUGCUCGAGUACAACGGGAGGCUGAGGCAGGAGCUGAUGCUGACGGGAGACCUGGGCCCGGAGCACGAGAGACUGGAGCAACUGCUGCACAUUCUGGUCCAAAGCUCGCUCGUGGUGGAUAAGCAGCCGCCUCAAGUCAUCAAGACUCAGUCCAAGUUCUCCAGUACUGUGCGGUACCUGCUGGGGCAGAAGGUCGUCCCCGGGAAGCCUGUGGUGCUGAAGGCGCAAAUCAUUAACGAACUGCAGGCCAGGAACCUGGAUAGUGUACCCGGCUGCAGUGACAACGUUGGGGAGCUGAUCAACAACAACGCCAUCCUCGAACACAACUCGGCCACCAAGAGCACGUUGGCCACCUUCAGGAACAUGUCCAUCAGGAGGAUCAAGAGGGCCGACAGGAAGGGGUCCGAGUCGGUCACGGAGGAGAAGUUCGCCAUUCUGUUCACCACCGAGAUCAACAUCACGGGCUGCAGCUCUCCGUACAAGAUACAGAUGAUCUCACUGCCGGUGGUGGUCAUAGUUCACGGGAGCCAAGACAUCAACGCUCUGGCCACCAUCAUAUGGGACUGCGCCUUUUCUGAGCGGGACCGAGUGCCGUUCGUGGUGCCGGAGCGCGUCCCGUGGGCGCUGAUGUGCAGCACCCUCAACAGUAAGUUCUCCUCCGAGGUGCAGACGGACCACAGUCUGGACCAGUACAACCAGCUGUUUUUGGCCCAGAAGAUCUUUGACAAGCCCGACUUCAUAGACGACUUCAGCAAGAUGAUGGUCUCCUGGACCCAGUUUAAUAAGGACCCGUUGCCCGGGCGACAGUUUACCUUCUGGAUGUGGUUUGAGGGCGCGAUGGAGCUGACGAAGAAGCACCUGAGAACCUACUGGAGCUCAGGGGUCAUAUUUGGGUUCAUUGGGAAGCAGCAUCUACACCUGAUUCUCAAAGACAGGCCCAAUGGGACGUUCUUGCUCCGAUUCAGUGACUCUGAGAUUGGAGGAAUCACCAUCGCUUACGUGUCUGCCACCGAGAAUGGGGGUCAGAUCAUCCAGAACAUCCAGCCCUUCACCAAAAGAGACCUAGAGAUCCGUAGCCUUGGCGACCGCAUCCGCGACAUCAACCACAUAACUUACCUGUAUCCAGAAUUCCCCAAGGAUGAUGUUUUCAAGCAAUUCUACACAGCAGAGCAUCAACCGCUGCCUCCUGGCGGUUACAUCCCGGCGACGCUGCAUACGAUAGUUGGCACGGACCCUGGCUCAGACACCCCCAACGCCUGUCCUCCUGCUAUGACACCCAUGGCGGUGAACCCCGUGCAAACGUUGCAGCCGUUCAGCCCACAAGAGUCCAUCGCUCCUCAGGACAUGGACACCGGACCUGACGUCUUCCGUCCUGUUAUACCUGCAGACCUGGAUCUAGACAGCAUCCUGGAAACCCUGAAUGCCGGUGAAAACUGUUUGGACACUAAACAGUGACCGGAGUCGCGCUCACCGCUUUCACCUUCAUCCAAGAAUGACUUUGAUUAUAUUUGCAGACGUUUGCCUUUCAUCGUCCACCUGCAGCUUCACCUAGUUUUGAUUUCAGAGAGACCCAUAGUGUUGAGCUUGUCAUGGGAAAUCAUUGAAUUAAUGAAAUACAAUAGAAGUGGAAACUCCUGAAUAGUGUAAUAAAUAGUUCACAUGGUAAAUGCUUCUUGGUCACUUUAUCAGCCACACAAUAGCUGGAAUGUAUUAUAAUAAGAAGCUUUUUUAAUUCAGAUUGACCAAACAGAAGCCUCCACUACCCAUAGAGCCCUAGUAAUAAUAGUAAGAUGUCUUUCCAUCACUCUUCGCUGUAAAACUGUACAACGCUGAUGGACAACAGGAUUAGUGAUGGUGAUGGCUGCACAUCUUUCCUAUUGUGUUUAUUCUUGUACUUUUUGUCACAUACGUAGUUUAAAGCUUUUUCUGGUUGAUGCCAGUCGAUAUUUGUUGGCCUCAAUAGUAACAACACGGCCUCAAGUGACAAUUUUCUCAAAUUCAAGCUCUGUAUAAACGGAGACGUUGCUUAAAAAUUUUCCAAAGACAUUCCCCAGUUUUCCCUUCGGCUCAGAGCAGCAGGACAUUAUGGCAUCAACCUACGCUGUAAGUUUGUGUUUACUCAGGUCUUAAAACGUUUCCGGCUGUCUGUAUUUACUAUAAAUACCUGCCCCAUAAAUAGUGUGUUCACCAUUUUGUAGUAGUGUGUAAUGUACAGCCCCGCUCACUUUAUAGUGCACUCCCCAGUGCAACAGAAUCUAUGAACUAUGGGAAAAAUUGUUUGCUUUGAUCUCUGUCGUCAUAAAAUCACGAUGACAAUGAUCCAUCCAGUAUGGAUAUGAAUUAUUUGCUAUUAGAUUUAACUGAAAUAUGCUGUUUUCCCAUUGUUAGGAGUCUCACAUAUUCAUUGUUUUAUUUUAUCUAUUAGAUUAGCAACAAGUAUAAAGGUAAUGAAGUAAUUAGCUUUCCUGUUUUCAGCAGCUUUUGUUAACGUCACAGUAUGUCACCGCCUGCAUCUUGUCUUCUGAAUGGCUUUUGAGUAGCACUACCCUCAUAACUGUUAAUGUGAAUGUAAAAAUAUAAUAGUGCUGGAUGUACCGUAUCAUGUGAAUGUUUUCUUUUGAUGAUAAGCUUGGAUAUCUAGUGCAUCUGACUUUGGGGGUAAACUGUUCAGGGCUGCUAGAAAAAAGUAUAAUCAUUCCCAGUUAAAGUAUUGACUUUGUAUACUA